AGGGUUAGCAAAGAGCGAAGCGGGAGGAUGACCUCAUCCUCCUAUCCAAGAAUAAAACGGCAGCGUCUCUCAUAAUAUGUCUGUCUGGUAAAAGAAGGAGAAGCAAAUGGACUUUGAAAAUGGAAAAAAAAGAGUAAUUGAGAAGCAGGAGCAGGAAGGAGUUGAGUUCGGAACCGAAUGUUGAGUAGUGAAAAAUCGCUAAGAGAAGCGAAAUGAAGAAGCUGGGAUGGGCAAUGGAUGGUGGUUUUUGGGAUGUGGACGUGUCGACACCCGUAACCCUGGAAGGAGUGGCUCGUCCGGUGCCCGGAGACCCACUUCCACUUGGGAUUUCCAGAGGAACUAAGCUUUCCAGGCCAAAGCAGCUUCAUUUCUUCCAGCGCUUCAUGUCUUCUCCCUUUAUCCCCUCUUUUUCUUCUCAUCGACAUGGACAUGGCUUUUCUCUCCAAAGCGUUCUUGCUUUCCCCACCUUCUCUCAAAAUUGGUUCGGUACGUUGCUAGGUCAAUUCAAUUUCCAAAAGUUUGUGUCCGAGAGUGGCGCUUCUUUGCGAUCCUCUUCUUCCUCCCUCAACACAAUUGGUAGACAACUCUGCGAUGCAUCCCUAUACGCACUUGGUUUCUCUUCUGAGCUCUCGUUCACUCCUGAUGAUACUCUCCUCUUCAAUUUUAAUACUCACGGUGAUGCUACUAGAAAUUCCCGUAAGAAAGCUGUUCUUCAUCACAAGUUCCCUAAUCACAAUUUGACCCUGGAAGCAGUUUCUCCUGCAUUGUUUAUCGACAGCUCUGAUAAUUAUUGGGAUGUACCUUUCUCCAUGGCCAUCGACCUCGCUUCUCUUCCUUCUGACUCUGGUCCAAGUUACCAUUUCUGCAUGCACCAUAAUGCUGGCGAUCCAAAGCUUUUUGGAGGUGGCCAUACCUUAGCUGUUCCUGCCCCACUGCUUCCUGGUUUCUCUUUCAAAUCCGCCUUUGCCUUCAAGAAAAAUAUUGACAUUUGGAGAAGCAAAGCUCCCAAAUUGAAGAUGGUCCAACCCUUUGAUUUGUUUAUUUCAAAUCCUCAUAUUUCAGCAUCAGGGAUCGUUGGUGCCACCAUGACAGCCUAUAUUGGAGAUAAUUCAGUUAGGUGCCAAGAAGUAGAUCGUUUUCAGAGUUUCACAGGCUUAUCUCUUCGAGCUAUUGCACCAAAAUCCGCCUUGUUGGCUGAUAUGUUUUCAUCCGUUUCACUUACGGCUCAGCAUGGAAACUUCCAAAGACUAUUUCUAGAUCUUACUCGAUGUCAUCUACGUUUAGAUUUUCCUUCUGGCUCCAAAUUUCUUUCUGGUGCUGCUAAAUUAGCACAAGACUUUUUCAAUUCUCAACAGCCAUCUAUGGAAACAAUUAAGGCAAUUUGCCCCAACGCAACUAUUUCUCUUCAACAGCAGAUUGCUGGACCUUUCAGUUUUAGAGUUGAUUCUGGAGUUGCAAUUGACCGGAGGAAAAAAGAUUGGGACAUGCACAUGCAUGAUCCAGUAUUUGCCGUCGAGUAUGCAUUACAGGUCCUUGGUUCAGCAAAGGCUAUUGCUUGGUAUUGCCCAAAGCAAAAGGAAUUCAUGGUAGAACUAAGAUUCUUUGAGACAUAAAUUCUGUAUCUUUUAUUAAACAGAAGACGUAACUUUAUUAAAAUGUAUGUUCAACAAUUCUUUUCUUGUUCUGGAUGGAUACCUAUUCUACCAAAAAGUAAAGUAGAAGGUUGCUUGGA